CAAAUUGGUAUGACCUACAUCUAGACGUCUGCUUGCUCUAACAGGAACACUGAUUUAGGAUAUAGAGAGUGCAGUCUCUCAAUUUUCUUUUCAACUUGGAUUUUGGAUUGCAUUUUAUUUUCUGGUUUGUCUACAUUGUUUGUUCUUAUAAAAACUACAUCAAGCACUUUGCCUUACAUUAUCGCCUGACAAGGACAUAACGAUGUAAUGGUGUGGACAGGAUACUUUCUUUUGACAUUAACUCAACCAAUGUUUAUAAACAUUAAAAGAUUUCGAGUUUUUAAACUUUUCACUUGGAGUACUUAAACGUUGUUUUCUCGUCUAGAGAAUUGCAUUGGUCGCUACCUAUAUUAGUGAAGGAAACAAUUUGAACUUGUGAGUCAUCGUUAGAUAUAGGUUAUAGCUGUGAGUACACAGCUGGGGACGUGUAGGUACAAACUGUAUGAAGUUUUUUUGUUCAGACAUUUGCUGACGAUAGCAUAAUGCUCUAUAAACCAAAGAUCUACAAUGGCACUUUCCUUAAGCUAGGGCAGUGACAGAUAUGUCUGAAGGUCCCAUGAUUGACCUUGAUGAAUGGGACAAGCUUAUGAUCGUGCUGGGCUCCGUCCUGUUCCUGCUUCUAGUGCUCAUUAUCCUGGUGUGUGUUCUACACCCACUCUGUUACCUGCACAAGAUAUGCCCCUGCAAAUAUGAGGAUGAUGAAAAAGCUCUGCUGCAGCCAGCAUAUGGGUCGCUGUAUGACCCUGGCAUGUCCCCAGGCCGGAAAGGUCACUUUGUGAAAGGUAAACACGGUACUGUCUGGCAACCAAUGGUUCCGCUGAAAGAGUCUGAACUCUCGGACUGGUCAGAUAUCAGUGUGCCGGAAAUGAUUGAAUUAAAACAGGAUGGCGUUGGCCGGCAGAGAAGAACUUCUCGGACCAGCGACUACAGCAGCAGCGCCAGCACCGCAGUCUCUCCGGUGCAGCAUGAAAGUCGGCUGGCCUACGGCGUGGCGCACGACAGAGCCAAGGGCGUUCUGUGUGUCCGAGUCAUACAGCUGGGCAACUUCCGUGUGACUGAGCCUGAUGGUGCUACAAUGCCCUACGUCAAAGUUCGACUCUAUCGAUCACCAAAACAUUUUUUCACAUUCAAAUUGUCCUCUGCCAAUAAAGAUUUUCCGAUGAAUAACCUAGAAUCAGAAGUCCAGACCAAAAUUCUGAGACGGACAGACAACCCUUUAUUUAAUGAGUCUUUCAAGUUUCCAGUGGAUGGCCAUGACAUCACAGAGUACGCCGUUAGAUUUCUGGUCUGCGAUGUGGACAAGUUUUUAAGACACAUCAUUAUCGGUGAAACAGUGCGUGAUCUUUCGAAAAUCGAUCUUAUACAUGGAGAAGAAAUUCUUUUUAAUGACCUUUUAAUGACGCCACAGGAAGAAAAUCUUGGAGAGCUCCAUGUAGCACUGAUGUACUUGCCAACUGCAGAGAAACUAAGUGUCAUUCUGCUAAGUGCCAAAAAUCUCAGACCCAUAGAAGGAGCCAAAAGAAAUAUCGAGAUUUUCGCUAAGAUAACAUUGAUGCAUGACGGACGUCCUCUAAAGAAAACUAAAACAAGCGGCAAAGCUAGUGACCUGAGCCCAGUGUUUAAUGAGACAUUCGUCUUUGACGUGCCUGUGUAUCAACUGGACAAAGUUUACUUUAGUUUUGCUAUCAUAGGUGUUGAUAAGGACAAAGAAGAUGGAAGACGUUUGCUAGGUCGGCUCUACCUUGGAGUCAACUUUGAGGCGACUGCAAGAGCUCAAUGGUUGGAGAUGGUCAACAAUGCCAGGAAACAAGUUGGGUGUUGGCACAGACUUCAAAGUUAAUCAAGAUGCUGGCUGCUGUACCCAUAAAGUAAUUCACAUUUAAAUUAUUUUAACUUAUAAACAUCACAGCAAAAAAAGGAGUUGAAAAAUAAUAUGUUUGUUAUAAGUAUUGGCCUAAUUUUCUUCAGCAUUAUUUUGAAAUGCUGUAAUAUUUGUGAAUGUUUUUCUUAAAUAAAAUUAUUCGUUGGAAUACUAUUGUAAUAACUAUUUUAUUUAUAUUAAAUACUUUCGAAUUAAAGUAACUUUGACUAUUGUUACAAAACAUUUUCUGGGUGUCAUAAAAACAAAAAAAAGUCUGUAAAUGUAAAUGUUGUAUAACUUUGUUCCAAGUGCAAAUCUCUUUCUUUCAACUAUUAAUAUUUGUCAAUUUUUGAAUUACUUUAGUUCAUCAAUGAAAACAAUGUAGCUCAUAUUUCCAUGCAAGUUUUUUUAAAUACAUUUUUAAUAAGUGUUCAAAGUUGUUCACAUUUAGCAUCUCCACUCUCCGUAUACCAGAGAAUGCUUCAACAAAAGACGUUAAUUUUUGUGAUUAUAAAAUGUGUUUUUAUCUAAAGGAUUAAAACGUUACAUUCUUUCUGAAUUUAGAACGCUGAAAUUAUACUUGUCAAUGAUAAUACUAUAUUUCCUACUUACCAAUGUCUGUAUAUAUAUAUGAUAUAAAAAAAAAUAAUAAAAUAAUAAUUUAGAAAAAAGGCAAGGAUUUCAGCAAAUUAAAUAAAUCGAUUUUAAAGUACACAUAAAUUCAAUUUAUAGUCAAAUUCAUUUUAAAAAGUCUUUGAUAUGGCGAUUAAUGUGUUUUUUUUUUUUUUUUUUUUUUGGGGGGGGGGGGGGGGAAUUUUGAAGGAACUUUAAAAAAGUUAUAUGAUUAAUGUUUACGAGGCCAUAAAAUGGAUUAAAGUUGAAAUAAUUUACUAUCAUUUGUAGGAUUUCUUUUUUUUAAAUGGUCUCGAUUGAAAAUCACAUGACUAAAACGAUAUUAAAGACAGUUCCGUAAAACAAAUGAUCUUGUUUUUGUAUACUGUACCAUUGUGGCCUUAUAGACUAAAGUUCAUUAAUUAGUCUGCAACUUGAAACUCCGUAUUAUAAUUGUUACACUCUUUGUAUCCGUAAUUAUUUUCCACUUUCCAAUGGAAUUAUUCAUUUUGCUUAUUUUGUAUUUCCCUAUCCUGUUAGGAUUCAACUUCAAUAACUUUUGUUUGUUGGUUUUUUAUUAGAAAAUGUUAGAUUUGGUAAAAAAAAAAUUAAAUAGGAUUGCAUGUUCUUUUUACACAAAUUAAAUUUUAAUUUACAAAACCAAAAAUUAAUGUAAUUAUAUGGAGUUCAAUCAACAUUCGUAUUGUCAAUUAGGAGAGAGAGUAUGAUAAUGUAUCCGUAAAUAUCUUCUAGUAAACGUGUAAUAAAUAAUUUUAGCUUUGUAUAUUAUUUUCACGGUAAAGUGUUAUUUCAAUAGUUGUACUUUAAAUUACUCUUUUUUGUUUGAUAAUUCUAUUGAUCAUGUACAGAGUUCUGUUAAGCGUUUUCAUUUUAUUAUAUCAAUUGUGUAUAUGAGGUGUACAUUUUUAAUCAGUAUGUAAGUAUAAAUCAUGUGUAGAUAACGAAUGAAUCAAAGGUUUAAUAUGUUUGCUUAUGUUUAAUCGCUCUCUCCCAGAUUUUAUCGAUUAAAAUGAUGUUAUUUGUUUUAGUUUGUUUUUUGUUUGGCAAUUAUUUCUUUAUAACGCUCUGGCUAUUUGGCUGUGAUACUUGUACAUGGACAUUGAACUCUACAAAAUGUGUAUGAUUUUUAAUGAAGUUAUUCAAAUAUAUGGUUUAACUUUUUUUUUUCUUAUGGCAUAUGGAAAUUUAUAAUUAUGCUGCAGAACUACGCUGGUAAGACGUUUUGGAUAGUAUUAAAAGGAAAUUAUGUUACUGGGUAUUUCAAACUUCAACCUGAACUGUUCACGUUUAUUAGGGUUGUUUUAGAUAUGUACAAUAAAUGAAAUUACUUAAUUAAAAUAUUUAAUGCUUCUUCAAGUACAGUUUAUUAGUUGCACAUUGAUUGUUUAAUUUAAUAAUAUGAUUUUGUUUUCUGGGAAUAAAUGUGUACAUAAUGCAA